GUCAGCCAGUCAAGUCCAGCAUGUUCACGUCCCGAAGCUCAGCAAACGCCGCGCCGCGCACCAUUUGCAUCACUUGCAUCAUCAUUUUGCUGCUCGCGCUGGGCGCCGCCGCCGGUGAGAACGUUCUCCAGGAGCGACUGACGCUGCCCCAACAGGUGCGCAUCUGGCAGUGCCGCCAGCGCUGCUAUCGACAAACGCUGCUGCCGCCGGUGGCGCCGACACUGUGCCGCGCCCGGCCGGAUUGCUAUAUGUGCCACGACUAUUGCCGCGUUCUGGUCGUCGCCGAAUGGAGCCUGGCCAGAUCCAUGUGUGCGGAUCGGAUCUUCUGCAGCCGGGGCUGUCGCACCGCCUGCCAGUUCCAUCAGCUGCACACGGCGGCCAAUGCGGCGCCAUUUGCCAAUGCACUGAACAAGGCGUGAGCCAAGCGCACGGGCGGGCCAGA